CUACGCUACCUCAGCUGUGCCGCGUGGAGGCUCGACAUGAAUUUCGCAAGGCGGAAGAGAAUGGCUGCGAUCGAACAGCAUAUCGACACCAGUCUACAGAUGUGAAGACAACCAUUUUUAAGUAAAUAGAAACGAUUCAAAUUUAUUUUGCACUAUAAUCUUUCUAUCAUGGCGCGAAUUAUGUCGUUCAAACGGUCAGGGUGGGUCGCGGCUCUCUUUGUGUUCUGUGGGAUGUGGGGGGCUGCUUUGUCCGUCACUCGGUACUCCAUUCCAGAAGAAAUGCAAGAGGGUUCCGUUGUGGCGAACUUGGCUACAGAUUUGGGACUUGAUGUUCGCAGUUUGGUAAGACGCAAGGCAAAGCUUGAUAUCAUCCACAGUAAAAAAUACCUUGAUAUCAACAAAGAAACCGGCGAUCUGUACAUUAUAGAGAGGAUAGACAGAGAAAACAUAUGUACGAGCAAGACAACAUCUUGCUUUUUGAAAAUGGAUGUCAUAUUUGAAAACCCUAUUCGCAUUUUUAAUGUUGAACUGGAAAUUAUGGACAUAAAUGACAACGCGCCGAUUUUUCGAAGGGAGACCAUGCAAUUGGACAUAUCAGAAUCCACUGCUCCCGGAGAGAGGUUCUCGUUGACAAAUGCAGUGGAUGCAGAUGUUGGUGCAAAUUCUAUCAAGACGUAUUAUCUAAGCGAAAGCAAAUCUUUUACAAUUGAUAUACAGACAGGAAGCGGUGGCUCUAAAUACGUAGAUUUAGUUCUCAAUAGCCAUUUAGACCGAGAAGAACAGGGAAUUCACAAUCUGAUAUUAACCGCUGUAGAUGGAGGAGUCCCUGCGCGCUCAGGCACAGCCAGCAUAAUUAUUAGGGUUCUGGAUAUCAAUGACAACGCUCCCUUCUUUAAUCAGGAGGUAUACGCAGUUAAUAUAAAAGAGAACUCCCCCAUUGGAACAGUAGUCAUUAAGUUGAACGCAACAGACUUUGACGAAGGCACAAACGCAGAGAUAACGUAUUCCUACACAUUGUACACAUCAGAGAAAACGCAAGAAAUGUUCUCUCUCAAUCCGAACACUGGAGAGAUCAAGGUGAAGGGCGUGAUUGAUUUUGAGGAAAGUCAAAGUUUUGAAAUGCACAUACAGGCCAAAGACAAAGGCCCAAAUGCAUUAUCAGGAGAAUGCAGAGUGAUGGUAUCUGUUACCGACAUGAAUGACAACCAUCCCGAGAUAACUGUCAAAUCUUUCAAAAGUACAGUCAAAGAAGAUGUCACCGUAGGAACGAUAAUUGCCGUUAUCAGCACCCGCGACAGAGACUCCGGGAGAAACGGAGAAGUUGAGCUUACUUUUAAUCAACAAGCACAUCUACCCUUUGUUCUCAACAAAUCGUCAGAUGAGUUCUUUGCACUCCUCGUUUCAAAGCCCCUGGACAGAGAAAUGACCCCCCGAUAUGACAUCACUUUUAAAGUCACAGACAGGGGCACGCCUCCUCUUUCUGAUAAUGAAACCAUCACCUUGGAGAUUCUUGACGUCAACGACAACGUACCAGUGUUUCCACAGUCUCUCUACACCAUCCACGUCAUGGAGAACAACGUCCCUGGUGCGCUGUUGACCACCCUCACCGCCUUUGACCCAGACCUCCACGAGAACCAGUAUCUGGUCUAUUUCAUCAUGGAGAAAGAGAUCCUAAACACCUCCAUAUCGAUGCUGUUCUCCAUCAACCCGGAGAACGGGAACCUUUACGCUCUGAAGACCUUCGACUUUGAGAGAGAGAGGGAGUUCCUGUUUCACAUCGAGGCCCGGGACUCGGGCGUUCCUGCUCUCAGCAGCAACGUCACGAUCCACAUCGUCAUCCUGGACCAAAACGACAACACGCCCGCCAUCGUGGCGCCGUGGCGCGCCCAGGGUUCCGUCAUCGAGGAGGUGAUCCCGAGGUCCACCGACAAAGGUCACCUGGUCGCCAAAGUCAUCGCCAUCGACUCGGACUCGGAGCAGAACGCGCGCGUCACCUACCAGCUCCUGCAGAUCAGCGACCCGACGCUUUUCAGCUUGGACCAGUACAACGGCGAGAUCCGCACCACCCGGAUGUUCAGCUACAGGGACCCUCGCCACCAGCGCCUGGUCGUCGUCGCCAAGGACAACGGAGAGCCGUCCCUCUCCGCCACGGUGACCAUCAAGAUCACGACGGUAGAGCACAUGGUGACGUCGUUCUCCGAGACGACCGAGGAACCCUUCGAGUACGAUAUGUUCUCCGACCUCAACCUGUACCUGGUCAUCGGCCUGGGCUCCGUCUCCUUCCUGCUUCUCAUCACCAUCCUGGUGAUCAUCGUGAUCAAGUGCCAGAAGCCCAAACCCAAGCCCAUGAAGAUGCCCCCGCCCAACAGGAACAGCUACGUCAGCAGGAACAGCUACGUCAGCCAGAGAAGCUCCACCAUAGCGGACUCCACUCUGAUCUCCAGCGACGCCUACUGGUACAGCCUGUUCUUGGCUGAGACCCGGAAAGGGAAGGUGGUGGUGAGGCAGCCCAUUGUGCCCAAGGGAGCCGGAUACUUUGUCUCCAGUAUACCCAGGAGCAUAGGCCCCACGGAGACCAGCGACUCCAGGGCAUCCACACUACAGUACUCAAAAUGAAAGGAAGUCCAUUCUACAACUGGAGCAGGAGUCCAGCAGUGACCUGCCAUGACUUCCCGGACGGGUUGAGAACUUUCUACAACUUCCACAGGACAUCAAAGACGUUCAAAGACACAACCACACCCCCCUUCCUCCCACCCCCUAACCCCACCCCCCAGCUCUCUAUCAAUAAGAUCCAACAAUGAGCUCCCUCUGCGGGCAUCUCUUGGACCCUUCUUCCCAAACACCAACCUCACACCAGUGACCUCUUCUGAUGUAAACUACCUUCAACUCCAUCAAUCAAGCAUGAAUCUGCAUGGCCACACUACCAGGUGCUUGAGCUUUAUCGUCACGGAGAAGAAGGAGUCUCCGCUGAGGAUGCUGGUACUGAAUCGGAGCGCUGUCGUUUUUGGGGGAUGUUGCUGAUGACUUUUAACCUAACGGCAGGUAUGGACAUUCCAUUUCCUGUUCCCCCAGGAAGGAUGCGAUGCAGGAGAUGAAAGUGUUCCACGUGUUCUACUUGGGGUUUUCUGUCAUGCUUUGCCAUGUCAUCACAGGCUUGUUGUAUAGUGUGUUAAGAUGUUUUUAUUUGCUAGUCCAAAUAGACUUUUUUUAAACUAAAAACACUCCGAAAAGAAAAAGCGUGCAUUUUAGAUUUGUCAUUUUCCAUACAACUGUUCAGCAGCUAUGAUAAAUUAGAUUUGAGAUUUCUUAACUUUGCAACGAUUCACCGUGAAGCAUAAAGCACAGAUCAACUGCAAUAGAGACAACAUCCUUCUGAAGGUAGCGUCUCCCUGCUUGAGCAGAGUCUUCAGGUUGAAGCAGACACUGGACCGUCUAUGUAGCAGGCCUGCUCCCAUGAUCAGGACGCCCCGUAGCACCAUAUCCUGUCUCCAGUCCAUCCCAGCUCCCUCAAGCUAACCCUCACAGCCCGGUAACAGGGGCUCACUACCGUGACCAUCCACUCAGAAGGCCACUGUGAAAGCUAGGUAAAAACGGGAAUUCAAAUACAAAAAAACAAAAACAAAUAAACUGUUGGUGACAAAAGACCAGACAGUUGUAUUCUGUAGAACGAUUGACUAUUUUCACUUUAAAGAAUAGGACUGUUUAUUGAAAAAAUAUACUAUAUACAAAUUAUAUUUAUGUCAGGCAUGGUGCAAUUCAAUACUCGCCAUGUUUCAAAAGUUGAAUUAUGAUGAUUGAAUUGAACUUCAUGAGAUAGUGUUUUUUUAUUCAACUAUUUGAUAUAACUACUCUUAUUGCAGCUUUUUUGUGACUUCUUCAAGUGCAUUUUGUGUUUUAUGAUAUUCGUAGUGCAAUACAUGAUUUGUUCUUUCUUUGAUAGUGUACAGACAUUCAGAUCUAAUUCAGCACUGAGUCCACUACUGGAUAUGAAGCCAAAUGGUCGACAUCAACACCUCCUAAGCCAUGUCAGCAGGGCUCAGGUAACUUAGCGUCAGGCAUUAUCUUUCAGAAAUGAGAACAUAGAAAGACAAAGCCAAAAGAGGGAUGGAAGAGAAGAGAAGGCACAGACAGAGAGAGAGAUAUAACCAGAUAUUUUUAAUGACAGGUCGGCUCUUGAUUGUAUCAAUCAUGUGCUCACAAUUCACUCAGUGUUUUAAUUCCAAACAGACCAUACCCAAAAUUCAAACCCUCUCUCUAAAGACCUUCAACAUGUAAAGGGAUAAGUAAAGAGGCUCAAUCUGUUCAUUGUGUAUCUGCCAAUGGAUUCACUAUUAUUAGAUCUAUCCCGCUUGAAACCCUCUCUCUACAUGUUGACCUCACCUCUCUCUGUGGUCUGAUGAGGUUAGCCUUAGCUGCUCUGACACACAAACAAACACACACUAACACACACACACACACAGCUGUCUGUGCCACACCCACAAUGACAUUCGUGGAGGACAUGCCACAUGGUCAUUGUGUGAGGCGAGCAAUAUAUAAUACUUAACCAUAUACAUACUUAACUGUAGGAUAAUGGUAAAGCAGUGGUAUUCUGAGCGGUGCCCAUAUGCAUCACCACAAAGCAUGUGACUUGAAAGAAUGAGAUAAUGGUGCUUAAUCCAGAUUUUCAAGUCAUGAUUAUUGCCAGGGCUGAGAAGCCAUCUGGACUGACUUACUUCCCUGACUUUUGACAACCGGUGCCAAUCAUCGGGUCUGGUGAUGUGACCCGGCGUCAAAGUAUUACUAGUAUUAUUUGAACAGAUGUGCUGUAAGAACCGUUAAAAAAAAACAAUGGGAUGGGUUGAAACCAGGCUUGAUAUAACUACUUUUUACUUUGUGUGUUUUGAUACGAUUCUGUACAAUUUUGAUAUCAGUUGUAUUCGCUGUGCUGUGUUGGUGGGCACCUUGGAGUGUUCAUGCUGCUUGCUUGGUAAUGUGUGUUUGUCUCUUUUAGUGUGUAGUGCUUAUUCCUGCAUUUUACUUCUGCUUUUAGACUGUUUCUUGAGUCCCAGAGAUUCUCUCUGUGUGGCUCGUUACCUAACCGACAUGGGAUGCCCUGUGUUAAGCACCGUCCAGACAGACCGGCCCCCUGGCUGUUAGUUCAGAUACAAAUGGAGUGAGAGAGAAUGGCCUUGCAGAUUUUUUUUUGUGUCUUUUUGCUCUAAUGUUCUGCCAGAAGAUGCAAUCUGAAUAAAGUUUGGAGAUCUGA